AUGAUUUUACUAAUGUCAAGUGUGGGUAGUUUAGCUUUCAGUCGGAGCCAAGAAAUGUCCGAAAGUAUGAUUUUGCUUUUUUCCUAGUAUAUUUUCCAAGCCUGCUAUAAGUGAACGGUCCCACUGCGCGAAUUGUUUUGUUUUGGCAAUUUGCGAGGCAAAAGUGAAUUAGAAAUUAGGGAAUGGAGCCAAAAGCAAUAAAACCGAAGCCAUCGGGAAUGGGCAACCGCAUAGCCCUGCCGGCAAAGAAUUGCUCCGCAAAGCGAACAUACCAUUGCGGCACCUGUUUGACGGCGUUCCCGCGUCAUCUUGCCGCCAAGCGCCACGAACAAGAGUGCCAGGCCAAGUUUCGGCGCCUUUUUAUUUGCCGGUAUUGCCAGACGUUGUACGGCGAUGAGUCCCGACUGGAGCGGCAUCAGGAGCGAAAGCACAAGGGCGCCCAGUUCCUGUGUCUGCAGUGCGGUAAGAAGUACUCGUCAGCCACCUUCCUCUACCGCCAUGUCGUUACCUGGCACGGCGAGCAGUCGCUGUUCUAUUGUGGCAUGUGUGCGGACAACUGCAACGACGUGAAGAGCUUCAGCGGUAUGCAGCAGUUGCAGGAGCACGCCGAGAAGGUGCAUCACCUGCGUUCCCUGGAGUCUACGGCAAGCGAAACGGAAAGCCUUAUUGACGAAACUGAGGACUUAGAGAUGUUGGAGGAGAAUAUCGAAGACAUUCUGCCCAGCGCUGAUUGGGGUAACGAUCUAACAUUUGAUUGGCCCAUGGAUUUGGACAAGGAGUUGUGCACUGUGGACGCCAAGCCGAGUGUUUUUGUGUGCCCCUUUUGCGCCAAUGGCUUCUCCGGUAGCCUGAGUUUGGUGAACCACCUGAAGCAGUCGCACCAUCGUGAUGCCCUGGAGUGUUGCUACUGCGGCCGGAGUCAUGGUAGCCGCGAGGCCCUCAGAUCCCACCUGCAACGUGUCCACAUCCUGUUGCGUGCUCAUGUCUGUGAUGUUUGCCAGGCGGACUUUGCCACGUCCGAUCACCUAAAGAAGCACGUCAAUAGCAAGCACCUGAAUCACCGGCCACACGUCUGCCCCAUCUGCGGUAGUACGUUCGCCCAGCGAAGUCACUUAAAUCAACAUAUGAAAACAGAUCGGAAGCACGACCAGUUUACAUGCCAGCUGUGCUUCUGGCCCUUCUUCCGGGCCAUUGAUCUGGAGCGUCAUGUGAACGAGAAGCAUCCAUAGAAGGACAUAUACACACACCUUUAACAGGAUAUAUCAUUGUCGCUAGCAGGAACUGUUACU